AUGCCAGAAUCUACAGCAAGCCAGAAUGCCGCUUCUCUUCGGCCGCGGUUUAAUCCAGUGAUCAACCCGGCAAACUCAAGGCCGGUCCUGGUAGACGAGCACCUAGAGGACAACCACCACAUAUUCCUUUACCGUCCCUUACUUGGAGCCCUGUUGUUCGAGAAUGUCACUUCCGAUGCCCGCGACCAUUGCGCAAAUGAACGCACAUUUCUCUCUUGGCUUCGCCUCUCUAUGUACCUUGCGGUCGUUUCUGUAGCCAUCAUCAUCUCGUUCCACUUCCACGGUGGACCGACCGGGCUGGAGCGACGGAUGGCUCUGCCGCUGGGCAUUAUCUUUUGGGUCCUGAGCUUAGCUUGCCUCGUGAAUGGAUUUGCGAACUAUGUACGGACUGUGCGAAAGUACAGCCGGAAAGCGGCUUUGGUGCAAAGUGGAUGGAAAACUCAAAUGACAUUUACAGUGGUGGGAACCGCAAUUCUAGGGAGCUGUAUACUGUUCUUGGCGACGGAUGCGAAGAAUUCUACCUAA